UCCCGACCGGUGCUGCGGUUGAAAUUAGCUACCUCACCGACUCACCUGGGUUUCGUCUGCAAAGCCCAACCACGUUCAACUGUGUUGGUGUGAUCUCCGACAAAUCAAAAUGCUCGCGCAUUUGAUCGUCAACAUUUUGGGUUCGGGAAAGCACGGGAAAACGGCGCAAGGCACAACAAACGCAGCGAGGGAAAAGCACCGCGGGACCCCUGUGGACUGUUGCGGUGUACGCCCGGUUUACGCGCGCUAGCUUCACAGAUCACUUCCCAAAAGGUUCGCCUCAUUCGCGUUCUGGCACUCGCGCCGACGGUUAGCAAAAACGGUACCGACAAAGAGCCAAAAACGCAGUGGAUCGUGUACCGAGCACUGUUGAUGUGAGCCGUGAUUGUGAUCAACCCUGCAGGAAGCUAAAUGUCGUGACACUGAGCCUGUGUAUUGCUCUGCCUAAUAAAACGGAAUAUGUGUGGAAAUGCGUACGGCUGUCUGUAAACAUUUUGCUGAUAAUCUUGUGUUUAUUGUGUCGUUUUUGUAUUAAUUUGUAUUGUUUUUGAGUGAAUGGUUUUUCUUUGUUGUUGUUGUGAACUAAAACCCUAACUUGAGUACCUUGUAGUGGAGAUAAAUUAACAAGAGUGAACAAGAGUAUCGCGGUUGCAGUUAACUGCUCAAUGCUAUGUACUCGAAGGAUCGACAUCUGGUAUGGGUCCUGCUAGUGACAGCAGGACACCUCUUGGUGCGGGUGUGUAAUGCCACCGAACAUGUCCCGAGUGGUCGAAAGCUAAACCAUGGCGGGUUAGCCACCAUGCAUCACAACCAUCUUAUGCUGGAUGGUUUGGGUCAGAGUAUAAAAUUCCCUAGUCCCAACAGUGUACCGCACGUCCCGUAUGCUGUACCGGCCGCUUGGCGCAUGUCCGCUACUGUCAGCACUCCCCUGGCCAGCAGCUGGGGUGUACGGAAACCGCUCGCAAAACCAUCGCGAAGUGGCACCGGAGGUAGUAGGAGCCGCAUCAACAAUCGGUCAAUGACUCGCUUCUCCGAGGUUGAAAUUCCACCCGGGCUGGAGCAGCAACUGGACGUGCCGGAACUGCAGAGACCGGAGGCAAGCGAUGAGACCGGGCUGGUGGAGCUGUACCGCAGUGCAGAACGAUCGCGCGGGAUCGAGAACCUCUUCUGGAAGUACUUCGUCGAUAAUGACGUUUCCGCCUCCACUGAAGAUGACGACGAUGAUGAUGUCGGAGGCAUCGACAAGAAGGCGAUCUCCACCCUGGAAGCGGACGGUCAAGAAGCGGAUGUGCUGGAGAAGGGCGAGGAGGGUCGCAAGAAGAAGUUCCACCUGAAAAAGAAGUACAAAAAGUUUCUGAUUCCGCUACUGUUGGCGUACAAGAUAAAGUUCCUUGCAUUGGUUCCGGCGAUCAUCGGUGGGCUGAUACUGUUGGUAAAGUCAGCCGGACUGGCCGGGUUCUUCUUCGCGCUCUUCACAGCCGUGGUUAGUCUGAAGAAGUACUAAGUGAACUGAAAGAAGAAGAAGGAACACAAUUGUCAUCACCCAAAUCGAGAAGGAAGCUGCGAAGGAGAAAAGGGAGCCCACGAUCGUCACAUCGGUCCGGUUGAUCAUCGGGUAAGUGUCGGCAAUGUGGGCCAAAACGGUGUGAUAGCAACGGUACUUUCGGUCAAUAAAAAAAAAGCAGAAACACACGCAAGUUAGCAGAAGAAUGCAUACACACAAAAAAUAACGCAUGAUCUAAGAGAGAAGAGUAUGACGCGUAAUGAUUUUCACCCGCAACCUUCCAUAUACUGUUGGCACGCUUUCUUUCCACAGGCGGACUGGCGGACAAUCGCAAACUCGCAUCCCGUACCAGCGGUUCGGCUCGUCCUCUAAUUUAUUAUCGAUUUUCGUAGGCUUAAUAGGACAGGACGUGUGUAACAGAGGGUACCGCCUCUAUCUCUGGGGCUGACUUCUUUCCCAGUUCACGGACAAAACAAACGGAAGAUCUAGACGGCGUCAAUUAGAAAAUAGCAAACGCAUUGCGUGGCGUAGGAAGUAAGCUGGACAUGGAUGGGUGUCGAUGUUGACUGAAGAAUACUGGACGAUCAGGUCGGAAAACGGGAGGGCCUGGGUAAUAGCGUCAGCAGGAAAGGUUCCGAAAUAAAACGCAAAUAGCCGCGACGGGGUAGAUGAAUGGUAGACAUCGAACAGAUUUCUUUUGUGUGUUUCGCUUUUGAUAGAUUUCUCCCUCCCAUUUAUGGGAAGGGCUUGGUUUCAAUGCUUUGAAGGAAGCCGGUUGAGCUCGUUUAGCGUUACGAGAAGGGUAAAAUUGUUAGGUUAGGUUAGGUAUGACUUUAAAGGUCGAGGUGCUUUUUUUGUUUUGUUUUUUUUUUAUUUAUCCCGUAUACGAUGGUGUGGCGGUUGGUUUGCCUACCCCGGCUAAAAGGAAGACUACCGGUAAGAGAAAAUAGGUUGAUGCGAAACGAAACGAUACAGUUCGUUUUUAUUUUAUAAUGUAAGCAUAGGCAAAAAGUGGUGCGCGAAAGAAAAGUGUAGAUAAUUAAA